UACAAGAAAUUGUGUUAGAUUGGCAUUAUUGAUGUUCUUUUACAUUGUUCACUCAAUGAUUAAUAUUUUCCCAGCCAAGAGAGUUAAAGUUCGCGAAAAUAACAAGAAUGAAAAUAUAAAUAGAAAUAGUGAGACAGAAUUGGAUUUACUUAAAAAGUUUAAUUGA